AGGGGUUCUUGGCAAAUGAGAGGCUACGGUCAGAAUUUCCCUUCCAUCAUCUCUUUGGCCGUGGGGCAUUUCUGUUGCUUCUAGAAAGUGGAGAGAAAGAGGCCAGAUUCCUUUACCCCUUGAGUCACUCUCACUCUUUUACUAGUAAUUAUGUUUCCUUUUGGUCAUGUGAUAAAGGAAUGUGCGUGAACAGCCAGAUGAGCCAGUGUCACAGGGGACAGCAGAGUGAUUCCCACAACGUAGACGACGUGCAGGCAGAGUUUGUCAGUGAUGUGUCCCCAUAGUUGUUUUUCCUGGUCUGCACUUCCACGUGUGCUUAGGCUGCGGGACUUUAUAAUCUCUUGCUGUCAUAAUGAGGAAUGUGACGACAAGCAGCCGCUGACCAGCAAAGAGGAAGAGGAGAGGCGCAUUGCAGAAAUGGGGCGCCCCAUCCUGGGAGAACACACCAAGCUGGAAGUGAUCAUCGAGGAAUCCUAUGAAUUCAAGAGCACCGUGGACAAACUUAUUAAGAAGACAAACCUCGCCCUAGUGGUCGGGACGAACAGCUGGAGAGAGCAGUUCAUUGAAGCGAUCACUGUCAGUGCCGGGGAAGAUGAUGACGACGACGAAUGUGGGGAGGAGAAGCUGCCCUCCUGCUUCGAUUAUGUGAUGCACUUUCUGACUGUGUUCUGGAAGGUCCUCUUUGCCUUCGUGCCCCCUACAGAAUACUGGAAUGGCUGGGCAUGUUUCAUUGUCUCCAUCAUCAUGAUUGGCGUACUGACAGCUUUCAUUGGCGACCUGGCUUCCCACUUCGGCUGCACCAUUGGCCUGAAAGAUUCGGUGACUGCGGUCGUGUUCGUGGCACUCGGAACCUCAGUACCAGACACAUUUGCCAGCAAAGUGGCAGCUACCCAGGACCAGUACGCAGACGCAUCCAUUGGUAACGUCACUGGCAGCAACGCGGUGAAUGUCUUCCUGGGAAUCGGUGUGGCCUGGUCCAUCGCAGCCAUCUACCACGCGGCCAACGGGGCACAGUUCAAAGUGUCCCCCGGCACGCUAGCUUUCUCUGUCACUCUCUUCACCAUUUUUGCUUUCAUCAAUGUGGGGGUGCUGCUGUAUCGGCGGAGGCCAGAAAUCGGAGGUGAGCUGGGUGGGCCCCGGACUGCCAAGCUCCUCACAUCAUCCCUCUUUGUGCUCCUGUGGCUCUUGUACAUUUUCUUCUCCUCCCUGGAGGCCUACUGCCACAUAAAAGGCUUCUGAAGGAACAAUCCGAUGUAGUAAAUUUAUAUAUAUAUACAUAUAUACAUAAACAAUACGUACAACGAACAGAGGAAACUGACAUUUGUCAUGUUCUCUUACCUGCUGAUGGAAUCCAGCUUCAAGAGCAUACUUACUAGGGCUGAAGUGAGAAACCAUCACCUCCCAUUCCCAGGGGCAUCGUCGCAUGGAACAAGGCGUGGAGGCAGGGCCACCUGGGCAGCUCGGCCUAGGAGGGCUGUGUCCUCUCCAGGUUCCUAAGUCCUUAAGUCUUUGAUUUGUUUUCUGUUUUGCCUUCUUUUCAGUGGGGGGUUGGGAGGUGGCUGACGUCUGCCUUUAUUUUGUUUUAGUUUUGUUUUUUGUUGGGAAGAUCGGGGUUCUUGCUUCUCUUGUGGGAGGUGAUGACCAAUCUAAAUGCAAAUGGAUUUUGGUAAACAUUUAAGUCAUUAGGAUUACUUUCCCUUCCCCCAAACACUUUAAAAGUUAUUUUGGAUUAAGAAGGGAUAUGGGCACGGAAGAAGAAAGCAGCCCGUCUUCACGUUACUAAAUCCCAGCUUAGCUCUGGACCGUGAGCAGAGGUGAAGCUGCCUCUGAGAAGAAGCGUGGGAGCUGGGAUGGAGCCAGGAAGCAGUGAUGGUUGCCGAUGCCGUCUGAUAUUUAAAGAUAUGCUGCCUGGCACUCCUGAUCAACAGGUACAGGAAGAAUAAUGUGCCUAGAUUCCCAGAAACACGCAAAACCCGUUACUUCUUCUCUCUUUAGCUCUGGAUUGUAAUUGGCAAGGCCCUUCUUCUGGUGUUUCAGCCCAGCUAUCUCCCCGGGUCCCCCAUCCCCUCCUCCUGCAAACAGGAAGAACAACUCCAUUCAAAAACUCACAUCAUCCUUUGCCAUUUGCAUCAAUCUGUGUCCCAGUCCCAUGUUGCUGUUGCCUGGGAUGGAUCAUCUGUUGGUUUUCUUUUCAAAAGCAUCCAUGGCUUGCACAAUCCUGUUCCAGUCACGACUGAACAUUUGCUCCUCCUUCAUGUGCCUGUUUGGGAAUGUUGUUGUGAUACCUGUUACACAGUGCAUGGACGAAAAACAAAUAAAACAAAGCGUUAUCUGUAUAUAGUAGAGCAUAGCAUACACUGUUCUCCCAUUCAGCAGCGUUAACCGGACAUUGAAGACAUAAGUGAGUUUUCUUUUCACCUGUAACUUUUGUGUUGUUAUCGAGUUUAUGACUAGGGAUACAAGGAGAAAUGGCUUAUGGUUCAUGGAGCUGCACAUUCAUUUUGAAGAAGCAAUAACUGUCACGGGGGACGUUAAAGCAAUGGAGAGGACAGCAGGCAAACCACAAAGUAUCUUCAUGGAAUAGUAGCCAUGUGGAGCACACCAGAGGCCUCUAAAAAACCGCCUGUUGAUUCAGGAAGGCCAAGGAGAAAGGUGUGGAGAAGUGGAUGCGGGAGGCAUGCCUGGGCUUUGAGAGCCUCCGUUUUUCCAGCGCCCUGUCCCUGAAGUAUUUAUUUCACAUCUGCUCUGUCUGGCACAGAUGGUAGAUAGUGCUGGUUUGUUCGUUUUAAUUUUUUUAUAAAGGCUACUUUGAGCCCUAUUUCUUUCACCAUCCAGAUCCUUCUGAUUGUACCUGCAUUUUUUGAGUAGGAAAGAGGUCAGGCUGACCAAUGAAUGGGUCUUUACAAGUGGGUCUUCUCUACUUACGACUGAGGGGUCAGCAGUUAGAGGAGAAGACGAGUGCCUCCCAGCAGGGCUGCACUGGGAGGUUUUUAAUCCCUGGAAAGGGAAUGGCUCUUUCUAUUUUAAAAUACCAAAGAGCGUGGUGGAUAAACCCACAUUCCAAAGUAGUGAGUCCACUGAUGAGGAAAAACGGAAUGAUGUUGGCCCCCUCUUAGAGAGUUCUCUGUCUAUAAAGAUUCUCAGAAUGGACACACCCCUAGCCCUCUGUAUUAAUUCAAAGAUACUUAAGAAAUAAAAAGUGUUGAGAGCUAUUUUCUCUUUUUCCACUCAGUGAUCAUGAUCAUUCAUCAUUUAAAUAAAGCUUUGGUGGCUGAAUUAAUAAUUAAAUGCUGGGCACCCACUCAAUAUGCCAGGACCUAUGCUGCCACCUGGGGACUAAAGUGUGAACAAAACAGCCCAAAUCCUUGCCCUCAGCAGGCUCACAGUUAACGUGAUUAUUGCUCUUUCCAUGAGUAAAAGUCAACCCAGCCACAUAGAAACAUUUAUCCUACAAGAAAAAACACAAUUAGGACACUUUUAAAAUAACACAUUGAAGCUGUGCAAAUAUAAUUGUUCAAAUACUUGUGUGUUUUUUUUUUAAUUAAGAGCAUAGAUUAGGAAAAAUAUCCUAGAUGUCCUUGGCCAAUCUUGCAGAUAGGACAUCUCAUCUUAAACCAAGAAAGGCAAUCAUGCUGGUAUUCCACGUCACUGCGAAGGCCCAAUUAAUCCCAGUUUGUAUCUUGGUUUGAUAACAAUACUUUUCUAGGCCCUGUACCUCUACAAUUCUUAUCUGUUGGAGACUCACCCCAACCUGCCAUGGCCUAGCACACUGGUGGCCCAACUCCUUUGGGGGCACAUGUUAAUUCCCUGCCCCCCCCCUUAUUUUUAAGAUUUACUAAAUGGAAAACUAGCCUAGAAACACCAGGUAAAUGUUAUCAGGGGACAUGAGUUGUUUAAACAUUAGAAAGAUUUUGCACUCAUUUUUAGCCAUAUUUGGAAUGUCAAUAGGCCCAUAGCAAAUUGUUACAGAGGACUUUUGAGAAAUUCUUGCCAUUGGUCAAUUUCAAUUUCAAAGCUUUUGGGUUUGUUUGUUUUUAAAAAUUUUAUGUUAUAGGGAUAUGAUUCUGGUUGUUCAGGGUUUAUUAUUAAUUAUAGUUGUGUAAAAUUAUUUUAUUUUGUUUGAUUAUUUUAUUUUGUGUGUAUUGUGCACAGCUUUAGGGAGAAAUGCACUCAUUGUGCUGCUCCUUAUACAUGGUACACGUUAUUGACACAGAGAAAUAAAGUUUCUAAUUGUUUCUGACUUAAUCACUAGUUAUACAGCAUAUUCUGUAUGGAAUGUUUUCCUUCUUCUCAUUGUCAUCUACUUCAUAUUUUGUUUUCAUGUUUUAAAGAAAUAAAAACCCAAAAGGUAUUAUUGUGCAA